AUAAAUGGCGGAAGCCCGUUCGGUAUACCCUCUCCAACACGAAAGAAUCAAUUGCCACACAAUAGCGUGAGGAAUGAUAGCGAGGAUGUUAUUGAUCUGUCUAUUUCAGAUUCACAUGAAAAAAGAUUUGGAGAAAUAUCCACAAAGUUAUCUACUCUGUCGCUAAAUAGUCAAAAAGGAAAUGUCGAUAAAGUGCAACAAAGGUUGAAUAGCGAAUUAUCAAAAGAUUCUUCUACCACAGUAGUGAUGAUAAGUCUGGACAAUAACGUUAAAGUGCAUAUAACGCAAUCAAAGAGUCCUAAUAAACUUAAUGCCAAUACUGACGUUUCAAUAUCAUCUGAAGAGGGAAAAAAAUCAAACAAAAUUCAUCGGUCCAAGACCCCUCCACCUCCACCAAUUCGCUUACCGAUAGAUUCCAGUCCUGCCAUACCGGACGAUAAUUUUAUAGAAACUAUCAACAAGGAGUUUUUCCAAACUCCUUCAGUAAUUUCUCCAAACAAUGAAUUGCCGACAGUUCCAUGGCUAUCGUCGUCACCAACAUUAUCAAUGCGUACAGCAUUGCCACUGGUGAUAAAACGGCCAGUAACACCAACAAAGCAGUUGUAUAUUGACUUAACAAAGGAUUUUACAGCUUCUAAGAAAGAUCUUUCAAGAAAAAAUCGAAAGGCUGAAAAGGGCUCUGGACGAAAAAUUAGGAAGGGAAAGGAGGUGAUUGUUGCGCAAACUGAUGAAUGUGAAAGGAUCCUAUUUGUUCCCGGACGUUCUAAACUUGUUUGGGUAAAAUUUGAUGAUUGGAUCAAUCAUGGUCUUUCAGAGGAAACCAAACGACAGUUGAAGUCAGAAAUGGAGAAACCAAUUUCUGAUAAGGACGAAGCUGGUUUCAUAUAUGCGUAUAGGUUGGUAGAAGGUCUUUCAACACAACGUGACUCUAAUCUCACACUAUACAAAGUUGGUAGAGCCACCAAUGUCCACCGGCGUUUAUAUCAGUGGUCUCACCAUUGUGGCUAUACGCCUGAAUUGAUCGAACUUUUUCCUCAUAUCAAUCAAACGAGCUCAUUUAGUUCUCAUGAAUCGUUUUUGGAAACAUUGUUGAAUGAAGAAAGUGAUGGCAGUAACUCAUUCAACGAUGAACGGUUAGAACAAUUCGCUCAUAUCCCAAAGUGUAAAUAUACACAUCGAGUUGAGCGCCUUAUUCACAUAGAAUUAAGUGAAAAGUUUAGAGUAGAUUUGGGGAAGUGUUCGGGAUGUGGGAACAUUCAUAGAGAAUGGUUUCAAGUAAGAGCAGGUAACGACGGUUGGGAAGAAGUACGAAAAGUCAUUGUCCAUUGGAUGACUUAUGUUGAAAAGCAUUAUGGA